AUGCCCGGUAUCUCAUCCCGCCUCGAGACCAUCCUGUCGCUACCGCCCCUGCGCUUUCCCUUCGCCGGGCGGAUCGCAGAAACCGGCACCCAUACCGACACCGACACCGACCCCCGCCGACAGAGACACACCUACGAGCCGCUACCCACCAUGGACGACACGGCCAAGAACCUGUACGCGGCGCCGGUGACGACGACGCAGAUUACGGCCGGACCCGACGAGUCGGAGCUCGUCAACCAGGGCCUGCACGACAUCGAGGCGCGCAAGGUGCACUGGUGGAGCUACUUCACGACGCUCGACUUCUGGAUCGUCCUCCUCAUCGGCCAGAUCCUCGCCCUGUGCAUCACGUCGACCAACACCUUCACCUCGUUCCUCGCCAACAACGGCGUCUCCAUCCCGGCCUUCCAGACCGUCUUCAACUACAUCCUCCUCUUUCUCAUCUACUUCCCCGUCACCAUCUGGAAGUACGGCUUCAAGAAGUGGGCGGGGAUCGUUGUGCGCGACGGCUGGAAGUACUUCAUCCUCUCCUUCCUCGACGUCGAGGGCAACUACUUCACCGUGCUCGCCUACCGCUACACCAACAUCCUCUCGGCCCAGCUGCUCAAUUUCUGGGCCAUUGUCGUCGUCAUCGUGCUGUCCUUCUUCCUGCUGCGCGUGCGCUACAAGAUCUUCCAGAUCGUCGGCAUCCUCGUCGCCAUCGGCGGCUGCGGUGUCCUGCUCGCCAGCGACCACCUCACCGGCUCCAACGGCGGGCCCGGCGUCGACCUCGUCAAGGGCGACCUCUUUGCCUUGCUCGGCGCCACCCUCUAUGGCGUCACGAACGUCGCCGAGGAGUGGUUCGUCAGCCGCCGGCCCGUGUACGAGGUGCUCUCCUUCAUGGGCAUGUGGGGCAUGUGCAUCAACGGCGUGCAGGCCGCCAUCUUCGACCGCGACUCGUUCCGUGAAGCCACCUGGAACGGCCCGGCCAUCGGCUACCUGCUGGGCUACACCUUCGCCCUUUGCCUGUUCUACAGCCUUGUGCCGCUGCUGCUGCGCAUGGCUAGCGCCGCCUUCUACAACAUCUCGCUGCUGACGGGCAACUUCUGGGGCAUCAUCAUCGGCGUCAACGUCUUUGGCUACGCCGUCCACUGGAUGUACCCCAUCGCCUUCGUGCUCAUUAUCCUCGGCCAGGUCGCCUACUUCCUCGCCGGCAGUAUGCUGGGCGAUUCCAAGAAGCCGUGGCUGGGCGACAACCAGGAGAACGGCGUCGCCGGCCUGGGCACCGCCAAGCUCAAGGCCAUUAACGCCGCGCGGAAGCGGCAGAUGGGCACUUCUGGGAUGACCGGCACCCGCGAGAGACGACCAUCUGCCGAAUCAGUUGUUUGA